AUGGCAACUAUCAAGCUUAACAAUGGACACGAGAUGCCACAGGUUGGCUUCGGGCUAUGGAAAGUCGACAAUGCAACAUGCGCCGACACCGUCUACAACGCCAUCAAAGUAGGCUACCGACUCUUCGACGGAGCAUGUGACUACGGCAACGAAAAAGAAGCCGGCCAAGGCGUCGCGCGAGCCAUCAAAGACGGUCUCGUCAAGCGCUCCGAGCUCUUCCUCGUCUCCAAGCUCUGGAACUCCUUCCACGACGCUGAGCGCGUACUACCCAUUGCCAAGAAGCAGCUCGCAGACUGGGGAAUCGACUAUUUCGACCUGUACAUCAUACACUUCCCCGUCGCGUUGAAAUACGUCGAUCCCGCAGUCGCGUAUCCGCCAGGGUGGACUGGCACAGACGGCAAGGUGCACCUGAGUAACGCCACGAUUCAGUCGACGUGGACGGCGAUGGAGACGCUGGUCGAUGCGGGACUGGCGCGCAGUAUCGGGAUCUCGAAUUUCCAGGGCUCGCUGAUCCUCGAUCUGCUGCGGUACGCCAGGAUCCGGCCCGCGACGCUGCAGAUAGAACACCAUCCGUACCUAGUGCAGCCGACGCUGUUGCAGCUGGCGGCGAGCGAGGGCAUUGCGGUGACGGCGUACUCGUCGUUUGGGCCGCAGUCGUUUAUCGAGCUGGAUUGGAAGAAGGCGCAUGAUACGCCGGUGUUGUUUGAGCAUGGUGUUGUGACGGGACUGGCGGCGAAGUAUGGCAAGACGCCGGCGCAGGUCUUGUUGAGGUGGGCGACGCAGCGGGGGUUGGCUGUUAUCCCGAAGAGCAAUAAUGCGGAUCGGUUGAAGCAGAAUCUGGAGGUUACGGGGUUUGAUUUGGAGAAGGGCGAGUUGGAGUCUAUUAGUGCUUUGGAUAGGCAUCUUAGGUUCAAUAACCCUACCGAUUACUUAGGAACACUUCAUAUCUUUGCUUAG